AUAAACUAACCUAAGUGCUUAUAUUAUUCUUAUUACACCCCCUUUUUACUUUGUGGUAGAAACUUGUGAUUGUGAAGAUAUUUGAAGAUAUCAUCACUUGGUAACAUGAAGUUUGAUCUUGUAAUUGUUAUUAAUGCAAUUAUAAUUUUUGGAAUUGGUUUUGAAGGAUGUAAUUGCAAGAUGGUGCAAUUCAUUUUUGGUGAUUCUUUAUCUGAUGUUGGAAAUAAUAAGUACUUAUCAAAAAGUCUUGCUACGGCUAGUUUGCCUUGGUAUGGUAUUGAUUUAGGAAAUGGUCUUCCAAAUGGGAGGUUCUCUAAUGGUCGUACAGUUGCUGAUAUAAUAGGUGACAACAUGGGGCUUCCUAGACCUCCAGCAUUUCUAGAUCCAUCAUUAACUGAAGAUGUUAUAUUGGAAAAUGGAGUGAACUAUGCUUCAGGAGGUGGUGGCAUAUUGAAUGAAACUGGCAGUUAUUUUAUUCAAAGGUUUUCUCUCUACAAACAAAUUGAGCUAUUUCAAGGGACACAAGAACUAAUUAGAACUAAAAUUGGAAAAGAGGAGGCAGAUAAGUUUUUUCAGGAAGCACGUUAUGUUGUUGCUUUAGGUAGCAAUGACUUUAUCAACAAUUACUUGAUGCCUCUUUAUAGUGAUUCAUGGAGUUACAAUGAUGAAACCUUCAUGGAUUACUUAGUAGGAACACUGCAAGAACAACUUAAGGCACUGCAUGGCCUUGGAGCAAGGGAAUUGAUGGUUUUUGGGCUGGGCCCAAUGGGCUGCAUUCCCCUUCAAAGAGUGCUUAGUACAUCCGGAGAUUGUCAACAAAAAACAAACAAGUUAGCUCUUAGUUUUAACAAAGCUUCAAGCAAGGUAGUGAAUGAUUUGGGGAAGCAACUUCCUAAUGCAAGCUAUAGAUUUGGAGAUGCAUAUGAUGUGGUUAAUGAUGUGAUUAGCAACCCAAGCAAGUAUGGAUUUCAAAAUGCAGACUCACCAUGUUGCUCCUUUGGAAGGAUUAGACCUGCUCUUACAUGUAUACCAGCAUCAACAUUGUGCAAAGAUAGAAGCAAAUAUGUAUUUUGGGAUGAAUAUCAUCCAUCAGACAAAGCUAAUGAGUUAAUUGCAACUGAACUUAUCAAGAAGUUUGGAUUUAAGCGUGUUGAUCAAACACAAUCUCCUACACCAUCACCUGAAGUUGCUCCAUCUCCUACUUCAGAUGAUUAAUUAUACUAAAUUUUCUUGUUCUUGUUAAUGUUUAUAAUUGCUCUUGUCAUUAAAUUUGUUUUGUAAUAUUGUAAGCAAGUAGCUCUUUAAUUUGUUUCUUGCUCUAGUCACAAUUUCUUGUUUUAUUUUAGUCUAAAAGAUUCAUAUUGUAAGAGUUCGAAACCCAGAAUACAUCAAACAUACUUUUUUUAAGUUUAUAUUUACGAAAAUGACAAUAAAAACUCCAAAGUACAUGA